ACGACGUUAACUGUAGAGCCAGUUAGCUAACGUUAGCUGCUCGGCCAGAUUAACCACAAUCUGUUUCCCUGUGCGACGCGACUAUGUUUGACUUUUGUUUUUUUUCUUCGUUAGCUGCCGUUUUGAAUGCAUAAGAAAUGGGUAUAAACUGUGUAAAGCGUUUAACGUUAUAAGUCCAAAGAGGGCGGCGGCGGCGGUGCAGAUCCUCGGUAUAUUUUUUAAAUUUCUGGAUAGAGGAGUUACUAUGAAUGGAGGAUAAAUGUUGCCUAAGGCUGACAGCAGCAGUUUCGUCCUCUUCUCUCUUCUCUUCGUCCUCACGUUAACGGACCCACCCCGGACAGGUCCGCGGCUAGCUCUGGCAAGAUUAUUGUCAGAGCAGCGCUGCAGCCCUGGGCAGUUUGCCUGCCGCAGUGGAAAGAUGCAAUGUAUCCCAAUGUCCUGGCAGUGUGACGGCUGGACAGCAUGUGAGGACAAGAGUGACGAGAUGGACUGUCCCCCUAUAAAGGAGGAGAGGUUUCGUUUUGGCAACGGAUAUGACCAGGUAGAAGACGUCAUUGGUGUGGCUCAGCCUGUGCGCUUCAACAAGAAGUGCCCCAGUGGGUGGCACCACUACGAGAAGACGGCCAGCUGUUACAAAGUGUACCUGAGGAACGAGAACUACUGGCAGGCUGUGGAUACCUGUCAGAAAGUCAACGGCUCAUUGGCUACGUUUGUGACCAACGAGGAGCUGCAGUUCAUACUGAAGAUCGAGGUGGACUUUGACGAUAAAGUCUGUGAGCGCAGAGACCAGUGCAAGUUCUGGGUGGGCUACCAGUAUGUGAUCACCAAUCAGAACCACUCUCUGGAGGGCCGCUGGGAGGUCGCAUACAAAGGGUCAAUGCAGGUGUUUCUGCCACCUGAGGGUCUAACCAAUUUUGGGGAGGCGUCUCCCACCCAGGACAAUGUCUUCUGUGCCCAGCUGCAGCGUUUUCAGAUAAAAAGCAUGAAUGAACGAGGCCUGCACAGUUGGCACGCUGAGAACUGCUACAAAAAGUUCCCCUUUCUCUGCAAGAGGAGGCAAACGUGUGUGGAUAUAAAAGACAAUGUCGUAAACGAGGGCUACUACUUCACCCCUAAGGGGGACGAUCCGUGUCUGAGCUGCACGUGUCAUGACGGCGAGCCUGAGAUGUGUGUGGCCGCACUGUGUGAGCGACCGCAGGGCUGCCAGCACUUCCGCAAGGAUCCCAAAGAGUGCUGCAAGUUCACCUGCCUGGACCCAGAUGGAAACAGUCUGUUUGACUCGAUGGCCAGUGGGAUGAGACUGAUCGUCAGCUGUAUCUCAUCCUUCCUCAUCCUCUCUCUGCUGCUCUUCAUGGUGCACAGACUCCGUCAGCGGAGACGUGAACGCAUUGAAACACUAAUUGGAGGAAACUUGCACCACUUUAACCUUGGAAGACGAGUCCCAGGCUUUGACUAUGGCCCGGAUGCCUUUGGCACCGGCCUCACUCCCCUGCAUCUGUCUGAUGAUGGAGAGGGAGGUGCUUUUCAUUUCCAAGAGCCUCCUCCGCCAUACGCAGCCUACAAAUACCCAGACAUCCAGCACCCCGAUGACCCCCCUCCUCCGUAUGAGGCCUCCAUCAACCCAGACAGCCUCCUCUACGUGGACCUCGGACACAGCGGGGUCUCCAUGGUGCCGAGCCAGAUGAACACCAUGGGAGACGGUCUCCAGGCUGAUAUUCCCAACGCUUCUGGUCCCAUGCCAGGGUCGGUGCCGUCCACUCAGGAGAGGGAGGACUCCAUAGAUAGCAGCACCCUCCUGGUGGGGCCCGACACUCCGACAGAUGGCCACACCCCCGCUUCCAUGCCUGCUGACUGCGCCUCCCUCAGCACCGUGGUAUAGGACUGUGGAUGGACAGCAGGGACCUGCACCCGGACAUUACCUGCUAGUGGAGGAAGGUCAUGAGUGCGUUGCUGCACCGAGAGAAGACGCAGCACACUGUUGUCAUUUAUCUAAAAUGCUGACUGCAGAGAGGAGAGUUAAAGUUUAUACAGACAUAUCAGAAGGUGGAGCAGCCUGAUUUCUUUGAGGUGUCGCAGUA